AUGCUGAAAAGACCAUCAGAUUUAGAAAUUUCAAAUACCAAUCCCAUUACUUCAAAUGAAAGUUUCAGCACACAGUCAAAGUCGUGCUCCAGUUUGAAAAAUCUGUCACCGCUAUUACUAGCUAAAUGUGUUAGAUGCAACAUUCCUUUUGCUGAUGACGAAAUAUUUGUGAACACUGAAAGCAAAACUUGGCAUCUUGAAUGCUUUAGAUGCGUUCAGUGUUUUUGUCUUUUGCAUAACGAAUUACAUUACGUCAUUGAUGGACGAAAUUAUUGUGAAUAUGAUUUCAAAGUCCUUUACGCACCAUCUUGCGCAAAAUGUGACGAAUUUAUCUCUGGAAGAGUUAUUCGUGCAGCAAAUUCAAAUUGGCAUCCGAAAUGUCUCGAAUGCAAUCAGUGUGGGAAGUGGUUAGAAAAUGAUUGUGUUUGGUUUAAGAAUUCGCAAAUUUUAUGUCAAAAUUGCAAUAAACUUGCAAAGAUGGGAAAUGAAAAACGAUGUGCAAAAUGUAAUGCAAUUAUCGAGCAUGGUACAGAGUUACAAUAUCAAGAUAAUAUUUAUCAUUCUUAUCAUUUCUGCUGUGAAAAUUGUCGGAAAGAAUUAGAUGGAAAUGCUCGUUGUUUAAAGGAUAAAUUCUAUUGUCAACAUUGCUAUGAUCACCAAUGUGCCUCCAUAUGUGGCGCAUGUCGUCAUCCAAUUGAAAACGAAAAGAGUAUUUUUGCUCUUGGGAAAUACUGGCAUAUUGAUCAUUUUCUAUGUGCCAAAUGUGAGAAACCUUUUUAUGGUAAUAAAUCAAUUGAGAAAAAUGGUCGAGCUUAUUGUUACAGCUGUUAUGGAAAGUGUUUUGCGGAUAUUUGUUUCAAAUGCAAUGGGAUACUAAUGGGCAGCAGUUUGAAAGUAUUUGGUAAAUGCUGGUGCCCAAAGUGUUACACCUGCUCAACUUGUGAUACAAUACUAAAUCACAGAUCAAAGGUGAUCGAAUGGGAUAUGCGACCAAUUUGCAAGAAAUGUUUUGAUUAUUUUCCGAAAGAAAUAAAACAUCGAAUGAUCCAAUGA